CCCAUCUCUCUCCCUCCUCUCGCAUCGCAGGGCUGCUCCACCUCCGCCUCCGCCUGCCCCCCGCCCCGAGCACAAAAGAAAAGGGAGGAGGCCGCGCGGAAGAGAGGAGAGGACAUGGACGACUACGCGCGGGAGAUGAUGGAGCUCAAGACGCUCGUCACCCGCACCCUCGAGAAGAAGGGCGUCCUCGCCAAGAUUAGGGCUGAACUGAGAGCAAGUGUGUUUGAGGCCAUAGAAGAGGAGGACCGCGUGAUAGAGGAGAACGAAGAUGGCGGGAAUCCUGCUUUGCUUGGUAGCUGCAAUGACCGUGCUAAGCAGCUGCAUGCUUCAUCGUCAGGUAGAUUAUUAACAGCACUUAUAGGUGAAUACUUGGAGUGGGCCCAGCUAAGUCACACGAUGAAAGUUUAUUUGCCAGAAUGUAAUCUGCCCAAGGACUUUUGGAAGAAUGAGCUAAAGGAUUUUUCUAACAAAAAUGGAGCUGAAGGGAGCAGGAGUGCUGAGAGUGGUCCCAUGCUUCUAGAUGUUCUUGAAGGAUAUCUCAAAUAUGAGAAUUUAUCUCAAACGAGGAUGGCUGGUAGGAGAAUGGUCAAUUCUGAGUCUGAUCCAACAUUGAAUACUGAGCACCGGAACAUGAGGAGGCCACCAUCUUCAUCUUCAGUCGCUGGCCUGCCUCCAAUGGGAAGGCAAAUGCAACCAUCACAGACAUCAGACCGAAGAGGGGGAUCUUCCGCUUCGAAUACAAGGAAAGAUGAGUACAACUGGGGAUAUGAUGCUGAUGAUCUCUCGGAGGAAGUAUUGCGGACAUCCACUGCUCUAGAGAACAUCCAGUUAGACCGGAAAGCCCGAAACCUGACAACAUCUUGGAGGCAUCCAGGCAAUGGUGCCGAGUAGAAUCUUAAGGUGGAAGAACUCCAAUGCGCUGUUGGCUUGCUUGGUUCCCCCUGAGAUUUCUGUAUCUGCUUUCGGUUGAUAGUAGACUGCGCGCGUGUGUGUUGUAAUCCAGCUAAUUAUGCACCUGAGAUGAGAUUUUAUAGUGAGCUAGACCUAUUCAUUGUAAUCUUGUGCCUGAUACUUGCGUGUGGGACAAAUUGAUUUGAUUUACCGA